AUGCCUCCUCCGCGGUCUGAUCAGACUUGUCACCAGUGCCGCGUCCGAAAGGUCAGAUGCAAAGGACGCGGCCCGGGUGAGCCUUGCGCCGACUGCGAUCGCCUUGGCUUCCCAUGUGCCUUCACCACGAGAGGCCCAUCUUCCCUUGCGUCGGAUCCGCCGCAACAACCCGCACGCAAGCGUGGCCCCAAGGCGUGCGUGCAAUGCCGCGAGCACAAGGCCAAGUGCUCGGGCGAGCUGCCGUCUUGCUCAUCAUGCGUGGAACGCGGCAGCGCGUGCGAAUAUCGUGCCUCAUCGAGGACAGCGCGGGCCACAGCGCGACGCUUACCCAGCAGAAGCGUCGCCGCUGCGACCGCGACCGGGCAGCAUGAGACAUCGUCUCCAGACCAAUCUGACCUCGUCCCUCGCCAUGUCGAGGCAUCGCCAGCCGGCUUUGCUUCGGACAAGGCCGCUUCAUCCACCGAGCAGUCCUGGCAAUAUGAAAGCCCCCACGCAUCCCGCAUCAAGGCGGGCGAGUGGCUGCCUCUGCCGCCCAUGAAGGAACAGCUGCAGCUCGUCAACGACUUCUUCCGCCAUCUUUACCCCCAGCCCGUCUACUCGUUCCUGUGCGAGGUUGCCAUCACCCAAAGAUGCCUUGACCGCACGCUUGACAAGCCUCUGCUACUGGGCAUCUGCGCGUCGUCGGCAAUGUAUCUCAACUACGUCAAAUACCAUCCCGUCUUUACGCAAUCCUGGGUGAAGCAGGCGGAGGAGAUCAUCUGGGACAGGAUAAGCCAGCCGAGUAUCUUCCUCACCCAGGCGCUCAUGCUCGUCGUGUGCUACCGAGUCCAGACGGGCGACUUCGAGAGAGCGUUCAUGCUUGCCUCUCUGACGGGACGUAGUGCUACCGCGCUGCGCCUUCAGUACGAGCGGCUGGAUCUCAGCUUGCUUGCGCAGGAGAUCCGCCGGAGGCUCAUGUGGUGCAUCGUCCUUCUGGACGGCCACUUCUCCCUAGGCCUACGUGAAGCCGAAAUGUGCCCCCUGGAGGCUGUCUAUCUAGACCCGCCUGGCAGCGAGGAAGACUUCACCGCAGACCCGGAUGCGAGCAGCAUGCCACUGGACGGCGUGCCCGAGGAUGGCCUGCUUGGCUACAUUGUCCGGAACCUGGCCGUGCGCAGGGACAUUAUGCGACUCAAACGACAGCUCAGCCUAGCCGCCCAGCCAUGGCCUGGGCUGGAGGCUGUCGUGGCCGGGUUUGAAGAGAAGCUCGACUCUAUGCGGCCUUUGCCCUACAGUACCGCGCAGCUCACGCGCUAUGCUCAGUCCAGAUGGCUGGUCAGGUAUCUCUCCGUCCAGAUGGCUUGGCAUCAGUGCCAUUGUGACCUGUACCGCCACUUUCUGCCCGGCUACGCAGAGGCCGCGCCCGAGGUGGUCUUGUCCGCCCUCUCGACACAAUACCUCGAGCAGGCGGCGCGCGCCUGUCACGAGCAUGCACACGCCAAUCUCACGAUCCUGCGCGAUCUUGCCGCGACGGCUACCGAUUCAUUCGUCGGCGACUUUGAUCUCGCCGUGUGCGCCUAUCAUGCCGCACGCCUCGUCCUACACAUGAGCCGGCGGUCGCAGUACCAGGCCUUCGCAUUGCCACCGGACCAGGCGUCAAGCAUGGCCCAGACCGUCCAUGACCUGCUGCCGCGUCUCGCUCCCGGGUCCAGGCUGGUCGAGAAGAUGGGCAGCAGCCUGGAAGCCAUCAUCCGCGCCCACGGAGCCAACCAGGGCGAGCCCAGCGGCGCGUCGUCCGAGAGCGAGGAGCGAGAGAGCAAUACACAAUCGCGGGGGGCACCGCUGUUUGCCAUGGCCGCCAAGCAGCAUCAGAACCUAGGCGUGCACAGCAUCCUUCGGCAAACACGAUUCAUGGACGACAGCCACAGGGCAAGCGACGAGCCGAGGGGGCAGCAGCCUAGUAGGAGUAGCACUAUGCUGCGUGCCUCCUCAGGGGGCGGCGACUCGACCGUGGCAGCGUCUUUCGACCCGAGCCUCCUGGGAGGCCCGCUGGACGUGGAGCUGCCAUGUCAGCUCAGCGCCGACUCACUGAAUCUGGGCUUCGACGAGGCCUGGACAUGGAACCAGUUCUUCCCCACCGGCGGAUACCCCAGCGCCAAUGCGGAUGGCGACUUUUUCUGA